AUGUCUCCUUCGCGGACGGGUGGUGCCGAAGCUGCCAAGAUUGACAUGGAAUUGAUGACAGAAUGGGCGGAGCAUGUGUGUUUGCGCUGUUUGCUGCCAGUCUCUACAAUCACCGACAUGCGGCCCGUGCUGGCAAGUCGGCUGAAAGGGCUUGGAGGGGAGACCAAACUGCAAGAAUGCGUAGAUGCUGUUGUGGACUCCAUCCGGGGCGAAGUCGCCGCGGAGUUGAAGUCUGCGCAAGAGUCCGGAUGCAAAUUUUGCUUGUCCGCUGACACGUGGAAACCCAAAUCGAAAAGGAGACAGAAUUUUUUGGCGAUGUAUUUGGACUUCACCAAGGACUUUCAGCAUCGCAGGGUGUGCUUGGCAGUUAAAGUGGCCGAGGCGCCAAAAACAUGGGAAAAGUAUUGCGAGCUUUUCCUUGGUGCUCUCAAAGCUGCGGGCCUGAGCACGAAGGACUUGAUGGCCGGCCUGAGUGACCACGAGAGCUCUAUCCGCAAGGGUCUUCGGCUCUUGAACGUGCCGCUCGUAGGGUGCGGCGCCCAUGCCGUGCAGUUAUGUCCAAAACAUUGCCUGCCGCUUUUGAGAGAGGUCAAAAAGGGCGUUCCAGCUAUCGCAUCUGACGACGACAGCGAUUCCAGCAGCUCCUCGAGUUCUUCUUCAUCCUCGUCCGGCGAGGCCGCACCUGCGCCGGCACAAGGCGCGUUGCAAGGCGGCGCGCCCAAGGCACGUCCUGGCAGACCUCGAAAUGUGCCACAGGACGAAAUCCGAAAGAAGUUGAAAUCUCCCUUCACUCGGUACAGGGCCAUCGUGAAACAUUUUGCAGCGCACGAUGACGACGACAAUUUCCUCGUGGACGAUGCGACAGAAGCAAGUGUUCUGGUCAGAGCAUAUCAGUUCGAAACAGCGACAAGAUGGAAUUCCUGUGUCAAUCAGUUGGUCUCCAUCAUCUACAACAACCGCGCCCAUGCUCUCUCGAGGACCAAGCGAAACAACGGCGGUCCGGCACCGCUGGACCAGGAGGAGCGCACUCGUGCCGAGGCCAACAACUUCCUUCCUUUGCCUAAGGAGCUCCAGGGAUUUGGCAAAGGUUUCAAAGUACGCGAGCUAGCGCCGCUACCCAAAGAGUUGCUGGUCUACAUGCACAAGGACACGCAGGCCAUAUCUAAAAGACACUUCUGCGGCUCUUCUGGGGAGCUGCUUCUGCGUGCCGCUUCAUUCUUGGAUCCGCGCUUCAAAAGCCAUCUCAUGUGGUCGGAUGUGCACCUGGACCAGUUCCGCAAGACUGUGCAUGAGAUGGCAAUGGAAGCAUGCCAAGAGCACCCGGCGCUCGUUGCCAAGCUGAAGCAGCGAUCUGCAAACUUAGGCAAGCAGUUUCUCUUCGCUCUGGCGGAUACCGGGGCUGCGAAGCAGAAGGGCAGGGAGUGGCUCUUCGGGCAGCAGGCGCAGACGGAAGAAUCCGUGAUCGAGGAGGUACAGGAGCUGAAUGCCGUGAUC